AUGACUAACUUUAUAGAAGAAUCAAUGAUUAUUAAUCAUCUUACUUCUCCUCAAAAUUAAAAAAAUCCUAAUUAACAAUACUCAAACUUAAAACCUUAUUAUAAACGUGAGUCUACUCCAAAUAGUAAUCACAGCAGUGUACUCAAUCUACUCGAUAUUAAGAAACCUUAAGUUGUUGAAGACAAAAACUCUGAAAAUAUUGUAAAUCCAAUGAGUAGUUAAAGUAAUUUGUCUUCAGAUAAUUAAAGACAAAUAGAUUCUGAUCUUGAAUUAAAACAAGUCUUGACAGAAAUUAAUGAUCCUGAUUGUUCUUAUUAAUGUAAUCUAAAGGAAUCUUAAAUAUAUAAAGAAAGUGAAAUAAAAUAAAGUAAACAUGAAGUUAGCAUAUCAGAAUUCUAACAAUAAUAAUUUGAAAAACAUAAAUAAAUUAUACUAAAGAAUAAUAAACACUUGAAAUUUGCUCAUUCAUUCAAUGUUUAUGCCAAUCAAAAUUAGCUAUAACCUUCAAGUCCAGUCAAUCAUAUAUAACUAAAUGAAAUUAGAUAAGAAUAUAUAAAUUUAGAUAAGGAUUAACUCAAAAAUUUCAAAGAAAUCUAUAAUUUUUAUUGUAAAUAACCAAUUACAACCAAUAAAUACUAAACAUUUGAAAAACUAUAACAACUUUCCAACACUAUGAUAUUAUAAAAGUUUAUGAUAUUUUGUAAAGAUUUCAAAUUGAUUGAUUUAGAAAUCUCAAACAAUCUAAUAUCACUCUUAGGUGGUAAAAUUAAUAAUCUUCGAAAAUAGCAAAUUAAUUACAAUUAUAAAAAUAAUAAUAGAUCUAAUUUCAUAUUAACCAAAUUUUAUCUCGUUUAAAUGUAUAAACAAAAUGCUGAUAAAAAUAUGGAAUUAAAUUUUGAUAAUUUUAUCAUCUUAAUUUAAAAACUUGCAGAUUUACUUUUCCCUUAAUAAAAUUAUUUACUCUAUGAAUUAUUAAAUCUCAAGAAUCCAAAAGUAUAUAGAAAAAAAAUGACAUUAAUUGGAAAACCAUUUAAUACAAAAGAACAAAGUGAAAUAAUAACUUAAGAGAAAUUGUAUGAAAGAAAAAAUAUUAUACCACAUUAAAUUAAAUUAAAAUCAGAAAGUAUGAGAAAACAAGAAGAUAAUUCACCAAUCCAAUUUCCAAAAAUAACAAGAAGAGUUAAUACAUACAAAUGUUAUUCACCUUGUAGUAAUGAAAAACAUAAAAUUGAAGAAGGGAAUUCUCUAUAAAUGGAAGAUUUAAUUGAUUAUAAAUAAGAUAUUGAUCAAAAAAGAGUACUUUAUGAUUAUUAAUAUAUUGAUAAAGAAGAUGAUUAUAAUUUAUAAGAAUAUUAAUAUAGUAAUCAACGCUCAAAUAGAAAGAAAAUGAUAGUAGAUUAAUUUAAUAUCUCAAAAAUAAAUAAAGCUUAAUAAUUUUCUCUUUACAGUAAUAUUUUAGGUUCUAAUCACAAAUGUGAUAGAUUAUCUAGUAAUAGUAGAAAUUAAAUAGAAAUUAGUCAAAACAUGAUUGCAUCAGGAAUUACAAGACCCUCAAAUGUUAAAAGUUUUGAAAAUCAAGAGAAUUCUUCAAAAAAAUCUCCAUCCUAUUCACCUUAAACUAGAGAAUUAUGUAAUUUGGAAAAGAAAUAUUUAAUUCAUUAAGCUUUUGCAAAUUAGUAAUACUACAGAGAUAAUUAAGUUAAAAAAACAAAAUUUUGA